UAUUCUCAGCCUCUUCUGUGUUGUAGGUAGACGUGUCUGUGAUGUGACUGAGUUUCAUCUUGUGCACAUUAUUUAUCUGUGGACGUUUUUCUUGUUUGAAGUCACAGACGAGAGCAGCAGCUACUAUGAGUGUAACUGCAGCAGCCAGUGGAUUUGUUGUCCUUCUUCUCACUGUGACAGUGGUACAGUGUGAGAAUGGCUGGGAUGUGAGUUACACUUCUACUGAGAUCUGUGCCGUCAGAGGAUCAACAGUGGACAUUACCUGUACCUACACAUACCCAUCCACAUUUAAUAACCAUGAUACUACAGUUCAGGAAACUUUCUGGUUCAUUAAAGAGAGUAAUGGGAUUCAUGUUGAUCUAAGGACUGAUCCAGAGUAUUCAGGUCGUGUGGAGAAUCUCUGUGGAAACAACAAGUGCACUCUGAGAAUCUCUAACCUGAGAGAGAUCGACUCAGCUGUGUACAAGUUCAGGUUCACAACAAACCAACCUACUGGGAGUUUAACUGGUUCAGCUGGAGUCACUCUGUCUGUCACAGAUUUGCAUGUGCAGGUGAGAGGAUCAGGGAAGUCUAACUCUUAUUACUGGGCAGAGCUCAGGUGUCAGAGCAGUUGUCGUCUUCCUGAUCAUCUGAACUACGUCUGGUACAAGAAUCAACAGAAGAUGAUGGAAGGAGAAUCUUAUACAGGUUAUUUCUAUUCUGAAGACAGAGUUUCCUGUGCUGUUAAAGGACUCGAGGAUUUCCGCUCUCCGUCAAUGUUGGUAUGGAGUCAGAUUGAAUGGGAUGUGAGUUACACUUCUACUGAGAUCUGUGCCUUCAGAGGAUCAACAGUGGACAUUAACUGUACCUACACAUACCCAUCCAGCUGGAAUCAACUUGAUACUACAGUUCAGGAAAGGUUCUGGUUCAUUAAAGAGAGUAAUGGGACUCAUGUUGAUCUAAGGACUGAUCUGGAGUAUUCAGGUCGUGUGGAGAAUCUCUGUGGAAACAACAAGUGCACUCUGAGAAUCUCUAACCUGAGAGAGAGCGACUCAGCUGUGUACAAGUUCAGGUUCACAACAAACCAACCUACUGGGAGUUUAACUGGUUCAACUGGAGUCACUCUGAAUGUCACAGACCCUCAGCUCCAGGUACAUGUGAGGAGAUCAACAGCCAAUCCAUCUUCUACCUGGACAGAGCUGACCUGUCACAGCAGGUGUCAGCUCCCUGAUCAUCUUUCCUACGUUUGGUACAAUAACAAUAAACCUGUUGGACGAAAAAAAUACUUUCACCUCCGACACUUUAAUGCUGAAGACAGCUAUCACUGUGCUAUAGAAGGACAGGAGCGUUUCCCUUCUCCUACAGUGUACGCUCCAAAGCCUCCCUCUGUGUCAGUGAGUCCCUCUGGUGAGAUCAUGGAGGGCAGCUCAGUGACUCUGACCUGCAGCAGUGAUGCUAACCCAGCAGCUAACUACACCUGGUACAAGGAGGACGAGGACUCACCAACAGCAUCAGGACAAAUCUUCACCAUCACUGAUAUCACAGCUGAACAUGGUGGAAAGUAUCAGUGUGAGGCCCAGAACACACACGGACGUAGUAACACAACCUUACAUCUGACUGUUGGAGCAGUCUGUUGUCUAGGGAAGUUAGUGAUAAUCAUGAAUAUCAUCAGGCUGAAUCUGGUGGUCGUGCUGGUUCCAGUGCUGGUCUGGACUCUGUGGACGAGGAUGAAGAAAACUCUGAGCUUGAAAUCAGAAGUGAAUGAAGCUGUGGAGAUGAUAGAGUCACACAACUGUCCUGAGUAUGAGAACGUUGCUGCUGCAGCACAGACAGAAGACACAGAGGAGCAGGAAGACCUGGUGUGAAGCAUCAGGUCAGAGCCACUGGGACAAACAGAACCAAGAUGGACGACUUCAGAGAACAUCCGUACAAGCGAGUUUUACAGAAACCAUAAUGUGUAGUUUUAAAUACAGGAAAUCUGUCCAAACAGCUAAAUAUCUGAGUGCAAGCGCAGAGUUUGAGCACAAGCAGAGCAAAUGGAAGCACCAGCCGGAGCUGUGUGAGUGCAAGCGCAGGGUUUUGAAUAAAAACACCACGAAAUCUGAACGUGCAAGUCCAGCUCUCAAACUAAAAGACCACACUUUUAAAUAAAGAGGAAAACACCCGUACAUUUCCUUUCUACUCAUGGUUUUCUUUUCUCCUCAGGUGCACUGUGAUUGGUUUAAAGUAUUUGGGAGGGAACAGGAAGUAUCUCUCUUUCCAUCCCCAGUUGCAGCAGCAGCAGUUUGUACACCAUGACCUUUAGAACAAGAGUAUUGUUGUGUUGUUUCUUUUCUUUUUCUUUUCUGAUGGGUCCAGUCGUCCAGUUUUCUUAGCUUUAUUUCUGUGAGCUUUAGUUCUGAUGUUGGUUUAGGUUGAAAGAAGAUUCUCAGAUCCUACGACCCUUUGUGGGUUGUUUUGUUGGGCUUUCCUUCUUUUGUCCAUUUUGCUGGCCUGUUGUUGAAGUUGUUGUCAUUUCUGCAAUAAAUAUAUCAUUUUUUGUGUCUUAUACAUGAUAUUAAGGUGGUUAUUAAAUUGAUAAUGAAUUAUUAUGUAUCGUGAUUUUAUGAUUCUUCUUAAAUAAAAGGUUUUUGGUCUUUUGUU